GUGGGCAACACCGCCGUCCAUGUUGGCCUCAACGUCCCGCGCAGCGCUCAAGAGAGUCCCCAAGAAGUCUCCAACAUGUGCUCAAGACACCUCAAGAGCGGCUGAGGUCUUGAACGCGUUUUUCAAGUCUCAGAGACAUGGCAUGGCCACCGCUGCGCAACGGCCUCGAACAGGCGAGUUUGGGAUCAAGAACAAGCCCUGGACCUUCACGCCCGACACGACCUUCCAAGGGGCGUCUCGCAGGGGCGCGCUCUUCCGGUACAAGAACGAGCUCGAGAGCCUCGCCGAGCGGGGCAAGCUCGCAGCCUGCUUCGACCUCUGCGUGCGCAUGAAGGCGGACGAUGUGAAACCAGACCUCGACUUUUACAAUACCCUCCUGAGCGGUCUGGCGUAUGAAGCGCGCACGGUCGAGGCCAACGCGGUUGUGGAUGACAUGCAGGCGAUGGGUAUCGAGCCGGAUAGGAUCACGUAUCAUCAUCUAAUAGAGGCCCAUCGGUACCGGCCGUCCAAGUUCGCCUGGGACCUCAUAGAACGAAUGGAAGCCGCCGAUAUAAAAGCCAAUGAACAGACGUUCAGCCUCCUCAUUAAACGAUUUACAGACAACGAGAACCUCGAGAUGGCGUUGCAGCAGAUGCAGCUCCUCCUCUCGCAGAAGAAGUCACCCGACCUGUCGAACGUGCAGGAUAUCAUCGUCCUCGCAUCCAAGCUCGGCCACCCUAAGCUCGCGUUGGACCUUGCGAGGGAGUUUGAGAAGGGGUCAAUACGGCGGCUGGACACGCAGACGUGGAUGAACGUCCUGAUGGCAUCGGCUGACUCGUUCUUUGCGGAAGGUGUCACCCAAUGCUGGAACAAGCUCGUCGGCGAACUGAGCAUCCUGCCCGAUGAAGGCCUCUGCCUCUCCGUGCUGCACACCGCGGGCCGGCACGGCCUGCCCGACCUCGCCGCGGACGCCCUGCGCGUGCUGCGCGCGCUCGACGUCUCAUGGGAAGAGCACCACUUCGCGCCCGUCAUCGAGGCCUUCUGUAGAGUGGGCAAAAUGAAGGAGGCCUUCGGCACGCUCUCUGUCCUGCGCGCCAACGGCGUCACACCCGUCAGCGACACGGUUCACCCGAUCUUCGAGGCGCUCCGCGCGGACGUCGACCGCAUCGACGACUCAUGGACGACGCUCGACGCGCUCCGCACAGAGGGCAAGGACAUCGACACCGCCGCGCUCAACGCGCUCGUCCAGGCGUGCGUCGCACUCGGCGACCUGCAGCGCGCGAUCGGCGCAUACCAGGCCUUCGGCGAGUACGGCGCCGCGCCCGACAUCGAGACGUUCAACGCGCUCCUCGCGGGCUGCGUCUCCGCACAACACCGCGCGCUCGGCGACCGCCUCCUAGGCGAGCUCAAGGCAGCGGGGAUCACGCCCGACGCGCGGACGUACGAGCGCAUCGUGCUGCUGUGCCUCACGCAGCCGCAGUAUGAGGACGCGUUCUUCUACCUCGAGGAGAUGAAGGCGCAGAAGUUCAUGCCCCCGCUGAGCGUGUACGACACGCUCAUCCGCACGUGCUACAAUGCGGGCGACACGCGCUGGCAGCUUGCGUUCGCGGAGAUGAAGGAGUGCGGGCACCCCGUCACCGACGGGCUCGCGAAGUUCAUCCGGUCGUCGGUCAUCUCGCGCGGUCGGAAGGCGGGUGCCUCUGCACCUGAAUCUGCAGUAGAAAACUCUGAAUCGGACGCGGCUUCGGGGCAGUCGGCGGCUCCGGCUCCACCAUCAUGAUUAUAGAUGAUCAUGCCCUAUACCGUAUUAUGGCGGGGUUUACAUUCGUUAUACUUACAUCGCAAUUUAGACAACUGGCAUAUAAUCCC